AUGGAACGCCUCAACGUGCUAUACGAACGUAACUGGACACGCCUAGUCCACGAGCAACUGCGCAAGUUCGAGUCGUCCAUCGUGGCGGCAGCGAGGCAGUCGCCCGAGGCACAGCCCCCUGAGCUCGCCAUGGACUCCAAGUGGACCUUCUCCGGGGCCUUGAUAUAUUGUAUCACGCUUAUUACUACCAUAGGAUACGGUAACGUAUCACCGAGAACAGCGGCGGGUCGUGCAGCCACAGUGGCGUACGCGGCCGCGGGGGUGCCUCUCACGCUGGCCUGUUUAGCCGGGCUCGGCGCGUCGCUCGCGAGGCUGGCCCGCUUGGCCUGGCUGAGGGCCACCAAGAGAAAAGUACCUAAUACGUGGAGGAAGGAUGGCGAACCUGAGAACUACCUCCAGCUUCAUGAGCAGCAACGACUUCUCCCGCAGCCGGCUGAACACAACCAAUACACAUCAUUUCCCCCCCGAAGCCACCGGUCUCCUGGCACCGUGAAGGCCAGAGCGGGAGAUAGGGGGCAGUACUCCCAGGUGUUCGAGCGAGCCCCAGCCAGUCCCAGAGCAGCCACCCUGGGUAGGGUGAAGCGCAGUGCCUUGGCUGACGAGCCACACACAUCAUCAUCACUCCAAACCCAGACCCUGGACCGCAAGAAGUCCAUGAGCAGUUCGAAGUGCCUCGCCACGGUGCACGGCCCCGGCCGAGGCAGAGGCAGGUCCACCAUGCAGAGGCCUCGAGGAGCAGUCAUCGAACAACUGAUAGCUGAGGAGUGUGGGGAACUGCAGAUGAAUAGGAGCCAAGAUGACCUGGACGAUUCGGAAGAUCCUGAUGAGUCAAUAUGUCCACACGACACACCGUCACGCGUGCCUUUGAUUUGGAAUGAAGAGAAUCAUAAAAUGAAGAGUUGUACCGUGCCCAGCAGCAGUGCAUCCACCAGCGUUCAGCAUCACAUCCACCAUGGCAUUGAACAUUGUCACAUCCCAGUUGGCAUCGUUCUAUUCCUUCUCCUCGCCUACAUCUGCGUUGGAGCUGCCAUCUUCUCCGCCUGGGAAAACUGGAGCUUCCUCGACGCUGCGUACUUCUGCUUCAUAGCAUUAGCCACAAUAGGCUUCGGGGAUUUCGUCCCCACCAGCUUCCUAACAACCAAGCAUAGUACUGAGCACACGAGGAGCGAGUACGUACAAAUGAUCGCGUGUUGUGCUUACCUGGUUUUUGGACUAAUAUUAAUAGCUAUGUCGUUUAGCCUUCUACAAGAUGAGGUAGUUGCUCGAUGUUCGCAAUUAGCUAAUAGUUUAGGGCUCUCUCGUCAAUGACAGUACGAGAAGAGUGAUUGUAGCUCAACAGACAAUCACUUAAGAAUGUUAUGAUCGUUGUUGUAAGCAAUUGAUUUAGGGUCCACAACAUUUAAUUUCUUAUUGGAUCCAUUUUCUGUACUUAAUGUAAUCCAUGUUAUCAUUGUAUCAUAAAUGAAAAUUAUUUUCUCAUAUCUACACGAAAUUGUAAUGAUAAUUUUGAAUAAUGAACAAAAUUUGAAAAUCUAAUAAAAAAACUUUUUACGGAAUUUGUACUCGAAAAGGAAGAGGUUUGUGAUGUAAAUAAUGUAUAAAACUAUUUAUAAAAGCAAGGCUGAAAUUGUAAUGAAACAAUAAAAUUGUGUUGAACUA